GAAUAAAAACUAUGCUAGGAUUAUGUGAGCCAUCCUGGUCAUCACUACCCAGACCUGGACCAGAGCGCGAGGGUUCCCCACUUCCACGCCAUGGCAACAACGAAGCCCAUCCUGUACUCCUACUUCCGCAGCUCCUGUUCCUGGCGGGUCCGAAUAGUUUUGGCCCACAAGAACAUUGAUUAUGAGUACCGGCCAAUCCACCUGCUCAAUAAGGAACAGGUGAGUGAUGAGUACACCAAGCUGAAUCCCUUAGGUCAGGUCCCAGCAAUGAUCGUCGGUGACAAGACUCUAACCCAGUCGAUCAGCAUCAUGGAGUACCUGGAGGAGGCAUACCCUCAGAACCCUCUUCUGCCCAAGGAACCUCUGCUCAGGGCCAAGGUUCGUGAGAUCUGUGAGGUGAUUGGCUCAGGCAUCCAGCCCCUGCAGAACCUGUCAGUGUUGCAGAAGAUUGGGGAUGGAAAAAUGGACUGGGGCCAUUUUUAUAUAAAUAAAGGAUUCACUGCCCUGGAGCAGCUGCUGGCCGGCUGUGCAGGAAAGUACUCAGUGGGGGAUCAGCUGACACUCGCCGACUGCUGUCUUGUGCCUCAGGUUUACAACGCCAACAGGUUCAAGGUGGACAUGUCCCAGUUCCCCACCAUCAGCCGGAUCCAUGAGGCACUCGCUAGCCUGGAGUCUUUCAAGGCUGCCCAUCCGUCCACACAACCUGACUGCCCGGAGGACCUCAAAUAAUGGUGUAUUGUAAUGUGAAGAAUGGACUACUCGUAAGGACCAUACCACUCUGCCCCCUCCCUGGCUACAUUCCAAGACACUGAGUAUUAAGAAAUAAUGGUUGUGAAUAGCUGAAUAAAAUAAAGUGCAAUAUGCUUAGGAGAUCCAUUCCUGAGCCUAAAGGAUGAUUUGAGUAAUUUUUUACAUCCUAAUGAUAUUAAUGUUUAUACAGUUGAAAUAAUAAAUACCAUACUCCAUG